UCAUACUGGUCGCAUUCGUCUUUGGAUUAUUCCGUCUAUUGCUGCUGUCAACUCGCCUCGUUAAUGGCGAUCAGUAUGCAGCUACUUGUGCUGCUCUUGACCUUUCUGGUGGCGGCGACAGCGGUCAGCUACAACCACUACCGCCUGCCCACUUCACUGCGCCCCCAGAAAUAUAAUUUGCGGGUGCUCACCCAAUUGGAGGAUCCCGCGAACUUGCGCUUUGAGGGCGAUGUCACCAUACUGAUCGAGGCUCUGGAGGAUACCAAGAACAUAACGCUGCAUGCCAAGAAUCUCACCAUUGACGAGUCACUGAUUAAGCUGCGCGAGAUCAAUGGCGAUCGACAGAUAUGCAUCGCCUCCACCGAGGUGAAUACUGUCCAUGAUUUCUAUAUAAUGCACACGUGCCAGGAAUUGUUAGCGGGCAGUACCUUUGAGCUGACACUUCCGUUCAAUUCUGAGCUAAAUCGUCAGCUAGAGGGCUACUACAGGAGCUCCUAUCAGGAUGCUAAUGAGACGAGGUGGCUAUCCAUUACACAAUUCGAGCCAGCAUCCGCACGUUUGGCCUUCCCCUGCUUUGAUGAGCCCAACUUCAAGGCACCAUUUGUCGUCACCUUGGGCUACCAUAAGAAGUACAUUGGUCUGAGCAACAUGCCUGUUAAGGAAACCAAAACACAUGAAUCCAUUGCUGACUAUGUGUGGUGCGAGUUUGAAGAGUCGGUGCCCAUGUCAACCUAUCUGGUUGCCUAUUCUGUGAACGACUUCAGCCAUAAGCCAUCGACACUCCCGAACAGCACACUCUUCCGCACCUGGGCACGCCCCAAUGCCAUUCAACAGUGCGACUAUGCAGCCGAGUUCGGUCCCCAGGUGUUGAAUUACUAUGAGGAGCUGUUCGGCAUUAAGUUCCCGUUGCCGAAAAUCGAUCAAAUAGCCAUUCCAGAUUUUAGUGCCGGAGCUAUGGAGAAUUGGGGCUUGGUCACCUAUCGUGAGAUUGCUUUGCUCCACUCGGACGCCCACUCGUCCUUGGUGGACAAGCAGCGUGUGGCAUCGGUCAUAGCCCAUGAAUUGGCCCAUCAAUGGUUCGGUAAUCUGGUGACCAUGAAAUGGUGGACAGAUCUGUGGCUCAACGAGGGCUUCGCCACCUACGUUGCCAGCUUGGGUGUGGAGAAAAUAAAUCCAGAAUGGCGCUACCUGGAGAAGGAGUCGUUGAACAAUCUGCUUACAAUAUUCCGUAAAGAUGCUCUAGAGAGCAGUCACCCAAUCUCGCGGCCUAUUCAAGAGGUUGCUGAAAUAUCGGAGAGUUUCGACUCCAUCUCUUAUCAGAAGGGUUCCACGGUGCUGCGCAUGAUGCACAUGUUCUUGGGUGAGGACUCCUUCCGAUCGGGCCUGCAGAGCUAUUUGCAAGAGUACUCCUACAAUAAUGCCGAUCAGGACAAUCUUUGGGAGUCCCUUACAGAAGCUGCUCACAAAUACCGCGCUCUGCCCAAAAGUUACGACAUCAAAUCGAUUAUGGAUUCCUGGACAUUACAAACAGGAUAUCCUGUCAUCAAUGUCACACGUAACUAUAAAGCCAACAGCGCAAAAUUGAGCCAGGAGCGCUAUUUUUUGAACACCCAGAUUUCUCGGGCCCAUCGGAACAACUGUUGGUGGGUGCCUCUGAGCUAUACCUCACAGUCAGAGUCAGACUUCCAGAAUACCGCCCCCAAGGCUUGGCUGGAGUGCGGCAAAGCGGGCGAAACGCUACCCAAGACCAUAGAAAAUAUGCCGAACGAGAAUGAGUGGGUCAUCUUCAACACCCAGGUAACAUCGCUCUACAAAGUGAACUACGACGAACAGAACUGGAAGCUGCUCAUUGAGACACUCACCAAUGGCGAAUUCGAACGAAUUCACGUCAUCAACAGAGCACAACUCAUCAAUGAUGCCCUCUAUCUGGCCUGGACCGGCGAACAGGACUAUGAGAUAGCGAUGCGUCUGAUCGAGUAUCUGCAACGGGAACGCGAAUAUUUACCUUGGAAGUCGGCUUUCGAAAACCUGAAGCGUGUGGGUCGCAUUGUGCGACAGACGCCCGACUUUGAGUUCUUCAAGCGUUACAUGCGAAAACUGAUUACGCCCAUUUACCUGCACUUGGGCGGUCUGAACGACACAUUCGCCAGCAUAGAGCAACAGGAUGACAUAUUGCUGAAAACUUUGGUGGCCAACUGGGCGUGUCAGUAUCAGGUUGAGGACUGUGUGCCACAUGCCCAGGAGUAUUUCCGUGAAUGGCGCGAAUCGCCCAAUCCGGAUGAAACGAAUCCGGUGCCGAUAAAUCUACGGAACACCGUCUAUUGUACGUCCGUGCGGAAUGGUAACGAGGACGACUGGCAGUUCCUGUGGACACGCUACAAGAAAUCAAAUGUGGCCGCUGAGAAGCGCUCCAUUCUCACAUCGCUGGGUUGUUCGCGGGAGGUCUGGUUGCUCCAAAGAUUCCUGGAGUUGGCUUACGAUCCAACCGAUGCCAUACGUAAGCAGGACUCUAUGUGGGCCUUCCAGGCGGUGGCUUCCAAUGAGAUCGGUUUCCAUUUGGCCAAGAACUAUUUCAUGGCCAAUGUCGACUCGCUCUAUAAAUUCUACCAUCCAAUUACUAAGGAUAUGUCGCGACUGCUGCCUCCGCUCUCAGAGCAGAUAAUCAGCCAAAGCGAUUUUGACAAUUUCAAGGCUUUCAUCAAAGAGAACCGGAAAUCGCUAAAGGGUCUGGACCAAGCCCUACAGCAAACCCUCGAGACCAUUCUGACCAAUGUGCAAUGGAAGGAGCGCAACUAUCAUCAGUUGACACGCUCCAUUCAGCUGCUGCUCUAGGUCCUGCGACCAGCCAGGGCCACUGAGUUGCCACCAAUCUCAUUUCUGCAUUUUCAACACUGCACACCAGCUCAUUCAAAAUUGUUUAAAUAUAGGAAAGAUGUACAUUUAAAUGUUCCGAAUAAACUAACUAUAUAGUACCAACUA